GAGGGUCAAUACCCUAUGAUACAAUUAUAGACACAAGUGUUCUGACAUCUGGUUUAAGGGACGGAAACAAUAUUUCAGCACCAUCAAUGGUAACAACAUCCCAAGGAAAUAAAUGCGUUAAGGAUUUUAACGGUCUUUCAGCGGCGGUAGCUCAAGUUUCCGGUAUAAUAGCUUUAGGAAUACAGGCAAACCCAAACCUUACCUUAAGAGAUGUACAACAUAUAUUGGUGAAAGCCUCAGACGUUGAACAUUUGGAAAAGAAAAUAGUAUUCUCGACAAAUGGAGCAUCCUUAAAAUUUCAUAACAUUUUUGGUUUCGGUCUGCUCAAUGCUGGUAAAUUUGUGGAACUGGCUUUGAAUCACAAGACAAGUCCAGCACUUUUAUCCCGGAAUACGGUUCCGUACAAUAGAAGGUAGCACUGGAUAUAAUCAUUUUCAGAAAAUAGUCAAGAGCAUGACAAAGAAUCCAUUAAUGUAUUUAGACAUUUCAUUAGGUAAAUUCUAACAGGCUCUCUUUGGCAGUCAAUAAACGUACUUUACAGGUUUGCUUUUUCAAGACAUUUCUUUAUGACAGAAAAUCAUGUAGGUUCGUC